AUGCCCCUCGCCCACCCGCUCAAAAUCUGGUCGCUGGCCUCGCACGUCGCCUCGCGGGGUCCGCUCGCGUCCCCGUCACGGCUCGGCACGACCCCGCCCUCUCUCCAACCAUACAAACGUCUCCUCCCCACGCUGCUGCACGGCAAACGCAUCCACUUUGGCGACAGCAUCUCGUCCAAGGGGUCCAACCGCACCCGCCGGGCCUACCUCCCCAACAUCAUCACGCACGCGCUGUACUCCCGCUCCCUCGACAUGCUCGUCCACUGCCGCCUGUCCACCCACGCCCUCAGGGAGAUCGACGCCGCCGGCGGCCUCGACGAGUAUCUGCUGACCGUGCGCAACGUCUAUACGCAGGAGUGCGAGGUCGCCCGCAUGUACCAGCGGAGAGUCGCCGAGAAGUGGUAUGGCCCCGAGAGGAUGGCGGACGGCUUCUGGAAGGAGAUCAGAGACCUGGGAGCCAAGGUGUACGGGGACGGUUAUGUGGCGAAGGUGAAGGCGGCGGAGAGGGAGUUUGAGCGCGUGGUGAGGAGUCGCGUUAGGGAACGUGAGGGAGUGAAGGCCGCGGAUGGAAAGACGUGGAGGGGGGAGAGGGUGUUGCGCAUUGCUGAGGGGAAAACGCACGCGGAGAGGUUGAGCUUGGGCCAUUAA